UGGUGUCCAGGGGAGGCCCCCGGCGGCUGGAGCGCGGCGGCGGCGGGCGCAGAGGCCGGAGGCAGAGGAGGCGAGGGGCGGCCCGAGCGCGGGGAGGGAGAGAGGCGAGCGGUCAUGUGCCCGUGCCCCCUGCACCGCGGCCGCGGCCCCCCGGCCGUGUGCGCCUGCAGCGCGGGCCGCCUGGGUCUGCGCUCCUCCGCCGCGCAGCUCACCGCCGCCCGGCUCAAGGCGCUCGGCGACGAGCUGCACCAGCGCACCAUGUGGCGGCGCCGCGCGCGGAGCCCGAGGGCGCCGGCGCCCGGCGCGCUCCCCACCUACUGGCCCUGGCUGUGCGCGGCCGCGCAGGUGGCGGCGCUGGCGGCCUGGCUGCUCGGCAGGCGGAACUUGUAGGAACGCGGGGCUUCUUGGUGGGGCCAGAGCCGAGACCCAGCCGGAUCGAGCAACAGGUUGGCGAAACCCUGUGUCCUUGGAGAAAGCUGGUUCCCGAUUUCCUGAGGGGGAGCCCAGAGCUUGACAUGCCGCGGUUGGCGCUUCGAGAAGGAAGUGGAGGCUACGACGGCACCUGGAGUACAGAAGAACACGGAUCGGGACUGGGGGAGCCCUUGGGAAACCCAGCUGCAGAAACAGACACCCCAAUGCUAUUUACGAUAUAGCUCUAUAUAUACAAAAAAAGAGAGAAAAUAUGAAUAUUACGUAUCAGUGCAUGCCUUGUCUAGGACGUGGUCCCCUCCCCCUGACACCUCGGAUGUGAACUUGAUACUUUGUAAUGUCUGGGGCACCAGAAGAGAGAUGCCUGCUGCUGUGUAUCUAGGAAAUCUGCUUAAGACUGGUGGGAAUUAGCCUCAGCCGUCUCCAAACACCUGGGCAUAGACUGGGGCCCGGUUUUGUAGGGGCACUCUGGGAUACCCCCAUUUCUUGAUGCGUCCUAGCCUCUCUCUGUCCCUGUCGCCAGAUCCCACUGUCGCCGCCAGAGAAAUGGGAUGUGUUGUUGUUUUUUUUUCCUCCCCCUUGCCAAUCCGGUGUCUCUGGUGCUUCACUUUGAUUUUGCUGGUGCUAAGCGAGUUCUUUCUGGUUCUUCAGCGGUCAUCUGCAGACAGACCUGGAAGGCCAGGGGACGAGAGAGAUUUCUAUUUUGCUGUUUUGGAUUUUGUUUGUUUGUUUGUUUUAAAGGGUUGAGUUGCAAAAGUGCCACCUGAGAGUCUCUUCUCUUUUUUCCACGUGGGGGCACGAAUACCCAGAGGUGCGAGGGGGCAGAGUCUGGGGUCCAGGAGGGAGGAGGGGAGGGAACGCCAUUGAUCACCGCCUGCCUGGGAGGCCUCAGGUGUGACUUGGUGGCUGUCCCUUCCACUCCCACAGAAGGAUCCUGGGAGUUCAGCCCCUGGCCUCCCCCACUCUCCAGGGGGAUUUCAGGGCUUAGAUUUUAUGGAUUUAAGAGCCAAGAAAUGGCUAGGUUUCUGGUUGAGGGUGAUUUAUAAGCAAGGGACAUUGGGGGAGGGAGUGGGUCAUUUAAAUGAAAUGUACCAGCAUCUCCCUGAUUGUCAGAGACCUGAUUCUCCCCCCACCUCCUCCCCUGGAUAAGCUACUAUUUUCAGAAGUUUCUAGAAGGGCUAAAAAAAGAUGUAUGCUGGACUGAGACUUGGCUGCAAAGACUCUCCAGGGAGCUGUGAUUACAUUUUGCUUUCAUUUUUUAAAAAGAUCCAACAAAAACAGGUAUUAUUCCCCAAUGCGGGUAGAGUCACACACUCUCACCUGCUCUGUACCUGUCAUGGCCGACAUGGUGAAUGCAGACUCAGUCAUUCUUCAAGGCUGGAUCUGCAGGUCACCUAGAGAUGGGGCUCCGAUGGGCUGAUCAGCAGACACCCUGCAGUUCUGAGAAGCCAGCAUCAGGAUCUGUCGUUGUUAAGGUACCCGGGGCUGGAGGGACCCCCCACCCCAUGCCUGGCUGAAGAUUACCACCAGGUCCUUCAGACCACAUGGCUUUGUCAGGGUUGCUGAAGCUGAGAGCUGGGUUCCUUUCUUCUUGAUUUUUAAACCCAUGCCUUAUGCUUCUCUAAAGAGCCCUUUAAAGAAAGAAGCAAUCCAGAACUGCUCAAGGGGAGGGGCGCUCCCCUCGUCCACACCCCCAGCGCUGAUCUCAGCAAAGCAAAGCAAGCAGGCUGGUUUCUGGAAAACUUGUUUCCCUCAGCACUCAAACCUUCCCCCAGCAGAUGUGUGCAGGGGACUGGAGAGCAACAAGGGCUGCAGAGGACAGAAGGUGACAUCCCCACCCAGCCAGGAACUCGGAGAGGGCAGAUUCACUGGGACGGCAUCAAAGAGUUUCUGCUUGUAUUUCCCGCCUUUCCUAGCCAGAGACCAGAAUCCUAGCACAUCCAUUUUCUGGGACUGGGUUCCAAUACGACAGUCGUGUGCAUUCAGUUCUCUGCUUCUUGAAGGCUGUACCUUCAAGACAGCAGUGGGGACAUGCUGACCCUGUAGAUCUGGGGAAAGGGUGAAAAGUCAGAGGAUCCCUUUUUUUUUUUUCUGACCCUGACUUGCCGCCUAGCUGACGACAUUUCCCUUGGAGGACCCAGACUCCAAACGCUGGGGUUGGCACUGGGGGCGAUUUCAGUUUCAAUGAAGCCACACUGCUGGAGAAGCAGGCACCCGGGGCCUCCGGAAGGAGCUUUACAGCCAAGUCCCUUGUACAUAGUCUCAUGCAUUAUCAGAAACGGUGUAUUUAUUGAAUCCUGGCCUUUUCUUGCACAUCAUUAAUUUGAGUGCACUUCUCGACUGCCCCGACUUUUGACAAGGGGUUGUUUUUAAUGCUUGUUUUUAUAUGAGAUUUGACUUCUUGAUGGACCUUUGUAUUAGGAAAUUGAAGCAUGAUCUAUAUGUAUAUAUGGUCUCCACCGUCUCUCCUGUUACAUUACUUGGAUUGCAUGAGAUA